GGAUAUUAUGUGAUACAAGGGUUUUCUGUACCCGACCCACUUCCGUUUUUGAUCCAUCCUAGGUUGUCCUUGAUUGCGGCUAAACCCUGAAGCUUGUUUCAGAGAGAGAGAGAGGAUUCAUGGAAGAAUCAACAAUAACGCAGCGCCAAACUAUCCAUGUCAAGAAGAAGGCUUUAAGGAACAAAUCUUUGGGCAUCUCUUUCGACGAGAAAGAUCUCAAAGACUACGUUACUGGCUUUCACAAACGCAAGAAGAAGAGAAGAAAGGAAGCCAAUAAGCAACAAGAAGAAGCUCGAAGGAGAAAACGCAACGAGGGUCGCUUAAAGAGAAAGUUGGAAAGAGACCUUACUUAUGGAAUUGUUCCACCAAAUGCUGACGCUGAAACUGGUGAAAUUGAUCCGAACGAAGAUGAUGUUACUGAACAAGUUGAAUCUCAAUCUAUUGCUGCAACAAAGACAUACGAAAACGAUGAUUUGAAAGUCACUGUCGUAACAAAAGAGAUCAACCCCGAAGAAGAAAGUUCCCCUACCGAAAGGAAGGAGGCAGCGCCGGCAUUGUCCCCCCAUCCUGUUGUAGCUGAUAAAAAGAAAUCGAAAUCGGUACCUAUAAAUAACAAGAAGCCAUUUAAAAAGGUUGCGAAACACAAGUCACGGCCAAAGCAAAUAUGUAAGAGAGAUAAAAGGAAAGGAAAGAAGCCGGGAAGGAAGUGAUUGUACCUUGGCAUCUUGCAUCUUCUGAACAUUACCAAAUCUGCCAUGAACUCGAUCAUUUGUGGAAGUACUUAUUGAGUUCAGUAACUCAGCUACUAACUUAUAAAUCGGUAAUCGUACCGUGUUGUAUACAUUAAAUACAUGCAGAUGUUUGGUAUUCUAGUUAUGCAUUUUUCUUCUUUUUGAAAUUUCAGCUUCUGUCAAACUUGUUUAUUCUUUUUAGCAACUAUAAUUCAUCGAUA